AUGCUUGUUCUUUGUAUAGUAUCACCACUUUCUGUUGAGGACAUUGUCCGUGAAUUGGCAGGAAGUCCGAUAGCAGCGCACGGGCAUGGGCUGCCAUCCACCGCAGCGUGGGCUGGCGUUGCUGGUUCGAUUAUGGGCCCAUUUGCAUGUGUGGCCGCUGCCGCUCCAUUCACGUAAGA